UAAUAGUGACUUACAUCUUAUUCAAGGAACACAUUUGAUCAGUUCUUGCUGUCGCUGGAUUGUGAUCGGAUCUGUUUUUUCUCUGGAUAUCUGUGAGACUGAAGUCAAUCUGGAAUGAGGGCUGCCAUCAUCAUCUUCAUCUUCAUCACUCUCUGCCUGAUCUCAGGUCAGGUACUUUGUUUCAGUGUGUUUGGAUGCACUGGAGGGAGUUUGAUGUUCAAGUGCCCAUACCAGAAUGAUCAACAUAAAGAGAAGCGUUUCUGCAGAGACAGGAGCUGUAAGAUGGGCAUCAGUACUGAGCUUCAGCGUCACUGGGUUUAUAACGGGAGAUUCGCUCUGUAUGAUGAUGAAAACAGCAGAUUCUUCACUGUGUUUAUCAGGAACCUCAGCAGAGAGGAUGAUGGGGAAUAUACAUGUGGAAACAAUCAGACAUGGAGUCGUGAUGUUGAGUUAAAGGUGAACAGCGAGUCUCGUUGUGGGACGUCUGUUAUCCUGGACAAGUAUGUUGGACAAACAAUCACUUUCCACUGUGAAUAUGAUGAUAAGUUUAAAUCACACACCAAAGUCUUCUACAGAAUGAAUGUGGGUCCUGUCCAUGUGCUGAACAGCUCACAGUCAUCACAAUCAUCUGAGGAGAAGUUCAUUCUGUCUGACAGUUAUGAAGAUCAUUUUAAUGUGACCAUUAGAGACAUUUCUGCAGACGACGGAGGAGUUUAUUCAUGUGGAGUGGAGAGAGACGGAUCAGAUGAUCGACCUUCAGAAACAUCAAUUACUCACAUAACCUUCAUUAAAGAGAUUCAGCUGAAUGUUAAAAGUCGAAUCACUUCUGUCCUGGUUCAGGCCUACUCCAGUAAAUCCAUCUUCAUCACGUGUAAAUUUCCACAAGAGUUCAAAGGAAACAAGAAAUUCAUCCAGAAAGAUCCAUCACAGAAGAUCCCUGUUGAUGAACAGAAUCAAUGGGUCCGUCAUGAUAAAGUUCACAUGUAUGAUGAUUCCAGUGAAGGACUUCUGAAGGUUUUUAUCAGUGAUUUAACAGCAGCUGAUGAAGGAACGUACAGGUGUGGAGUGAAUAUCGCUGGUGAUGAUCUGUUCACUGAGGUCAAACUCACAGUAAAUCAAGUUGAUCAUUUUCAUGCAUCAAGUAAAGCAUCUGCUGUUAUUGGCGAAAGUGUCAAACUCACCUGCGAUUUCCCUGAGAAACACGACGAGACCUUCAAACACAUCUGCAGAGAGAACGAGAAGAAGAUAUGUGAGAACAUCAGUUCAUCAGAGCAGAAACGCUUUGAGUUUUCUGUCAGUACAGCAGGAGUUUUUACAGUGAUCAUCAGUGACGUGAGCGAGAGAGAUGCUGGAGUUUACUGGUGUGGAGCAGAAACCAGAGACACACAUCUGACUUCUGUCUCUCUCACCAAUCAACAUCAACUCACUGUGACCACAGUUGGACGUGAAGGAAAUUCAUCAGAGAUCAAAUGCCCUUAUAAUGCAAAACAUGCAAAAGAAGUAAAGCAUCUUUGCAAAGGAAAGUGUUUCACUAAAGAUGCUCAAAAUAUCAUUCAAUCAGAUGAAUCCCAUGUUAAUAAACCAAAGAUUUCAGUAAAGGAUGAGCCUGAACUCAAUCUCUUCACCGUGACCUUGAGUGACCUGAGAGCAGAGGAUGCUGGGAUAUACUGGUGUGCAGUGAAAGAUGUGUUUAAUCUUCCCUAUGAACUCAUGAUCAUCAUGAAAGAUGCGGUCACUCAUGAAGCGUCUGUCGGAGGAUCAGUGUCCAUCAGCUGUAAGUUCAUCAGGAAUCACAUGAGUCUCCAGAGGUCGUUUUGCAGAGGAGAUCAGACGAAUAUCUGUGUCCGAGACGGAGUUCGUGUUUCAUCGAAUAAGAAAACAAAUGGGCGAUUCUCUGUGACUGAUGAAACCUCAGCUGGAGUCUUUACUGUGAACAUCAACAACCUGACAGAAGAGGAUUCUGGGAAAUACUGGUGCGCAGAGGAGAGUUCUGGGUCGUUCAUAUUCAUUGAAGUUCAUCUACAUGUGAUCAGAGAAACGACAUCUUACACUAAAAGAGAAACAUCCCAGGAUAAAGAAAAGUCUGAAACUACAACAUCUUACACUGAAAGAGAAACAUCCCAGGACAAAGAAAAGUCUGAAACUACAACAUCUUACACUGAAAGAGAAACAUCCCAGGACAAAGAAAAGUCUGAAACUACAACAUCUUACACUGAAAGAGAAACAUCCCAGGACAAAGAAAAGUCUGAAACUACAACAUCUUACACUGAAAGAGAAACAUCCCAGGACAAAGAAAAGUCUGAAACUACAACAUCUUACACUGAAAGAGAAACAUCCCAGGACAAAGAAAAGUCUGAAACUACAACAUCUUACACUGAAAGAGAAACAUCCCAGGACAAAGAAAAGUCUGAAAUUACGUCAUCUUACACUGAAAGAGAAACAUCCCAGGAUAAAGAAAUGUCUGAAACAACAUCAUCUGACAACAAAAAAGAAACAUCCCAGGAUAAAGAAAAGUCUGGCUCUUUUGUGAUAGUUGUGGUUUCUGUGGGUUUGAUCCUGCUGGCUGUGUGUUUAGUGCUCCUGUUGCUCAAAAUAAAAUACAACUGUAAACAUGGCAUCAUUUCAUCAUCAGACAGAAGAGAGGGAGGAGAUCAUGACAUGGCUCAAGAAGAGAUUCAAGACUCAGAUCCUGCAUCAACUCCUCUCGAUUCGACAGUCCAGUUACCCACAGUCCCGUCUGAUGGGCUCCUUUAUGCUGCUGUCAGUUUCCAGAAGCAUGAAGAGUCUGGCGUGAACUGUAGCGUCAGUAAGGAGGAGAUUCACUCUGAUUACGCAUCUGUCAAACACAGCAUCAUGCCAAACUAAUAUUACCAUUGGAGUUUUGUUUUUUAUACAAAUCAAGAAUCAUGUCAGUGACUGAGAAUAUAAUGAGUUUCUGCAACAAUCAUUUGGUUUCAUUGAGCAAGUCAUUGAGCAGUUGGCGACACCUACAGGUCACUGUUGGGAAAUAAACUGAAAUGUUUCUCUCAGGGACUGAAGGAAACAUUGACUUCUAUUGAUUUUUUUUUUUUUUUCAAAGAUCCUGUUUGAAAUGUUUAACUAAAACCUAAACUUAAGAACUUAUUUUUAAAAUCAUCUUUAAUCUUUGUGAGCAUCAGUUCACCAGAAGUGAAGCAUUAUGUUGUGAGCAAUAAGCCGAUCUGUGAUGAUCGCUGCCGCUCGGAGGAAGAGCAAGAAAAUAUCUGUAAUGACAGAAAAUGUAUCAUUAUAAAUGUACUUGAUGUCAUAUAUGUUAGUAGGCUGUUAGUGUCAUACAUUUUAGUAGCACUGAGUGGGCUUCAUAUGGCAGACUAAGUCCACCAAACCAGAUAAUGAAAUCGGUUUAAACUCACUUAAAUAAUGUACUAAUGGGGGUGGAAUGAUAUAAUCAAGGAUAAGGCCUGAAGGUAAAAUACUAGCUUUAAGAGCAUCAAUUUUGUUAAUGAAAAACUCUAAAAAGUUUUCGCAUAUUAUCUGAGUAAUAUCAAGGCCUGUAGUUAUGUCAGGAUUUAAAACUAGUCUUUUGUCUUGAAUAAUGCUUUAGGAUUAUUAGGUAUCUUCUUAAUGAGAUCAGAGAAAUAUUUUAUCUUUGCAGCUUUAACAGCCUUCUGAUAUUUCAGUAUAUCAUAAGACAACUUGUGUGUACUGUUGUUCUUGUACAGUUGUUCGUAAAACAAAAGGAUCAAAAAGGAAGAAAGUGGUAGACAAAUGUGUGUAGACACACAAGUAAAACUAGGAAUAAGGCAUUUAGGAAACUUAUGAGGACAUUUAUUCAAAAACUAAAUUUCAUAUAUAAAAAGCACAAGCAGAAGGAGAUUUAAUAAGACAUUCAAAAAAAGAGUCACUGGAGACAUUUUUGUAGAUCAAUUAGGGAAGAAACAGACAUUAGUCAAGUAUGUGGCAUUAUUAGGAAGAUGAGAGGAAUAAGUUAUACAGUUAUUUUUUUAUAACUUUUAUAAAAAAAAGUUAUACAGCCUAGUUGAGAAGGCAGAAUUUUUUUUUUUUUUUUUUGGGGGGGGGUUACUGUGCACUUUUACAGAGAACAAAUUAGGAAGCAUAAUAUAGGCAUAAUGGAGGAGAAAAUGUCUUCUGAUAAUACUCCUAAAAUGAAAAGAACUAUAAGAUCAAACAUCUCCUGGUAAAGAUGAGAUAUGCUUCACUAUGAUAUCUGAAUCAUGUCUGAAUAUUAUUCUGCAUUUGUAUAGUGAAGUAUGAAGGACAGGAAAACUCACAGCUUCAUGGAAGCGUUGUGUUAUUGUGCCAACUGAGAAACCAUGUGAAAACAGAUCAAAUGCUGCAAAUUACAGACCUACAGCACUGACAACUAAUGUAUGUAAGAUCAUGAAACGCACAAGUGUGUAUAGACUAAAUUAUGUGAUAGAAAAGACAAAUUAUUAUGCUGAAAAUAAGAUUCACCAGAUCGGUAGGCCUGCAUGGUGACCACAACAACGAGUAAUCCACACCAAAAUCACGCAUAAUCCACAAAUCAGAUUAAUCCAAGCAACGUUAAUAAUCCACACGACGAUAACAAACAAGGUUAUAAAAACUCAAGUGCCUAGUAUCCAUUUACAAGGAGGCAUUAAUCAUCUCUUGAGGUUUAUUGAAGAGCCCCAUAGAACAACACUGUUUCGGUUAGUUUAAAGUGUUAAAAUUAACACUAAAGCCGUGUUAAAGUUAAUGAGAUAAUUAAGUGAUCAAUUGAGUGAUGAUUGACCAUUAUUGAAGAUAACUAAUGUUAACAAGCAGAAUCACCAAAGGAGAAAAUCACAACUAAAGCAAACCCUGAUCUCCAUAAUGGUGACUUAAUAAUUGUGAUUUUCUCCUUUGGGGUUCUGCUUGUUAACAUCAGGUCUCUUCAAUAAUAAUCACUCAAUUAAUCACUUAAAUAUCUCAUUAACUUUAACACUGCUUCAUUUAACACUCUCAUUUUAGCACUUUAACACUCUUGAGUGUGGUCUCACAUAUAUUCCGAUGAGAGUUCAUUUAAUACUUGGCUUUUUUAUGUGUAUGUUGUACUGACAAAUGCUUAGUUGAGGCUGAAUCAUAAAACUCUGUCAGAUGUUGUACAUUUACAAUUGUUUUACUGAUGAUUUCGAUUUUCUCAGAGAAGAAAUUCAUAAAGUCCUUAUUACCUUACUGUAAUGGAAUAUUCAGUUCAGAUGAUGUCUGUUUCUUUCUUAAUGAAUGUUUGGAAAAUGUUAGAACAACAAAAAAUUGUUAGCUGGUUUUGUUACUGAUUUACUGAAAUUGCAUUAUAAUGUUAUAAAACAAUAUCUAUGUAAACACAAGGUCAAUGCUGAACAUUGUGUGGUUCACUGCCCUGGUGAAGAAAAGGGAGAGAAAGUGUUUACUUAACUGAACUGACUGACACACUGCAACAUCUGCAGUCUGAGCUCACCUGAGAGGAGAAAACAAUGGAGGCAAGAAUAAUAGGAAACUACGGAGCCCCGCACAUGACAUGCAAGAAAAAAAUUAAAUCGUGCGCACGAUUUACUAUUUCGUUCCCUUGAUUUACUAAAACAUGCGCACGAUUUACUAUUUCAUUCCCUCGAUUUAAAAAUCAUGCGCAUGAUUUAGUAAAUUGAGGGAACGAAUUAGUAAAUCGUGCGCACGAUUUCGCCUACUAUUUUUUUUGUGCAUGUCAUGUCCGUGGCUCCGUAGGAAACUGAAUAGGAUUUUUUUUGUGUGUGUGUGUGUGUGUGAAUAUGGAUCAGUUUACUGGUUUAAUUUAUGAUUCAAUGACAAACAUGUUCUUGUUAUUUUUUUAAUACAUUGGUCUAACCAGACAUACUAAUUUACAUCGGGUUGAUCAAGUAUAUUUUGGUUUGUUCAAAAAUA